AUGCACAUACCAAGUUUAGCAAGGGCGGCCAGAAUCAUCCUGGUGGGCGCGCCCGGUGUUGGCAAGGGCACUCAGACGGAGCGCUUGAUGAAGAAAUUCUCCCAACUAUCGGCAAUCAGUUCUGGCGACCUGCUGAGGAAGAAUGUGAGGGAGCGGACUCCUCUCGGCAUCAAGGCCGAGUCGACCAUGAAGUCCGGAAAGCUGGUGCCAGACACAAUGAUCCUGCGCCUGAUUGUGAAUGAACUGACGACGCGGGGAUGGAUACGGGACAAUGCGCUGCGGCCAUAUGCCCUCAACUUCAGUUCCAUGGACAUGGCCGACACUACAGUUGACUCGGUCAUGAUUCCGUCCGAGGUGCGGGCCCCGCGCUACACCUUCUCCAACCACCCCUCGGCAUCCUUCAUCCUCGACGGCUUCCCGCGCACUGCUGUCCAGGCAAUUCAACUCGACAACAUUGUGCCCAUCAACAUGGUCGUCCAUCUCAACACACCUAGUGACAUCAUUAUCGACCGCAUCUGCAAUCGCUGGGUGCACGAACCCUCGGGGCGCGUUUACAACACUACGUUUAAUGCGCCAAAGGUGUCGGGCAAAGACGAUGUCACGGGUGAGCCGCUUACGCGGCGCGCAGACGACGACCCAGAGGUGUGGAAGGCGCGUCUCCGGAGCUUCAAGGAAACCAGCGAGCCUCUGCUUGAGCACUACGACAAGCUGGGCGUGCUGUGGACCGUGAAUGGAAACAGCAGCGACGAGAUAUCCCCCAAGCUCUUCAACGAGUUCGGCAAGCGCUUCGGUGGUGAGCAGUAG